AUGGGCCAGAACCAGUCGGGUAUGGGGGGCGGUACGGGUGGGGGGAAAGACGGUCGUGAUGACAAGGACAAGAAGAAGGACAAGCCCAAGUAUGAACCGCCGCCGCGGCCAACCACACGCAUUGGCCGCAAGAAGAAGAGGGCCGGUGGCACCAGUGCCGCGGCCAAAAUGCCGCCCGUCUAUCCCACAAGCCGCUGCAAGCUCCGACUGCUACGCAUGCAACGUAUCCACGACCAUCUACUUCUCGAAGAGGAAUACGUUGAGAACCAGGAACGCCUUCGUAAAGCCAAAGCCGCCAAGGACACUGCAGCACCUACAUCCGAGAUGGAGUCCUCGGAUCGGAUGGCCGACGAACGCAGCAGGGUGGACGACAUGCGGGGCAGCCCCAUGGGAGUCGGCACACUAGAGGAGAUGAUCGACGAUGACCACGCCAUUGUCUCCAGCACAACUGGCCCCGAGUACUACGUCAGUAUCAUGAGCUUCGUUGACAAGGACCUGUUGGAACCCGGUGCUAGUGUUCUCUUGCACCACAAGACGGUUAGCAUUGUUGGCGUGCUCACGGACGACACAGACCCCCUUGUCAGCGUCAUGAAGCUUGACAAGGCACCCACGGAGUCGUACGCGGACAUCGGUGGUUUGGAGCAACAAAUCCAGGAAGUACGGGAAUCCGUAGAGUUGCCACUACUUCACCCCGAACUAUACGAGGAAAUGGGCAUCAAACCGCCCAAGGGUGUCAUUCUCUACGGGGCCCCCGGCACUGGAAAGACGCUUCUGGCUAAAGCAGUGGCCAACCAAACCUCUGCCACGUUCCUUCGCAUUGUCGGCAGUGAGCUUAUCCAAAAGUAUCUUGGUGAUGGGCCUCGACUAGUCCGCCAACUCUUUCAAGUGGCCGCGGAAAAUGCUCCCUCGAUUGUCUUCAUCGACGAAAUCGAUGCUAUUGGCACGAAACGGUACGAUUCGACAUCUGGUGGUGAACGUGAGGUACAACGAACUAUGUUGGAGCUUCUCAACCAGCUAGAUGGUUUUGAUGACCGAGGCGACGUCAAGGUUAUUAUGGCGACCAACAAGAUUGACACUCUUGAUCCCGCCCUCAUUCGUCCGGGCCGAAUCGACCGAAAGAUCCUCUUCGAGAACCCCGACCAAAACACAAAGCGCAAGAUCUUCACGCUCCACACCAGCAAGAUGUCGCUCAAUGAAGACGUCGACCUCGAAGAGUUCAUCGCCCAAAAGGAUGAUUUGUCGGGCGCCGAUAUCAAGGCGAUCUGCUCCGAGGCGGGUCUCAUGGCCCUCCGGGAGCGCCGUAUGCGGGUCCAAAUGGCUGACUUCCGCGCCGCCCGUGAGCGUGUGCUACGCACGAAACAGGAGGGUGAACCAGAGGGCUUGUAUUUGUAA